GGACUGGCUUGUGGCUCAAAAUCCACGUGUAGGGUAGGUCUCGGUGGCGUGAAUUUUUUUUUUUUUUUAACCUCUGAUGAUAUAUCAACACGAAAAUUGAGCUGCCGUUGGAUUUCCAUUUCGAUCUGCAAUGUCUGCUAAGCUGUUAUCCGUAAACGGCUCAGUUUUCAAAUGUUUGAAAACUCUGCACAAUCGUUCGGCACGAGGGUUUGGCGUUGGAGCUGCUUCUCUUGGUUCCGUGAGUUUAAAGGGUCGCAGUUGUCUCACAUUGAAAGAUUUCAGCUCAGAUGAAAUCAAGAGGCUGCUGUGGGUGUCAGGGGAUCUAAAACAUCGGAUCAAGCACGAAAAGCAGUAUCUUCCUGUUCUGCAAGGAAAGUCGAUUGCUAUGAUUUUUGAGAAGAGGAGCACCAGAACAAGAAUGUCCACGGAAACAGGUUUUGCCUUGCUGGGUGGACACCCCUGUUUCCUCACCUCUCAGGACAUCCACCUGGGAGUGAAUGAGAGCUGCAAAGACACAGCUAGGGUUCUCUCAGGACUCUGUGAUAUUGUCUUGGCUCGAGUGUACAGCCACUCCACGUUGGAGGAGCUGGAUAAGGAGGCCUCCAUCCCCAUCAUCAACGGUCUGUGUGACCUCUACCACCCAAUCCAGAUUCUGGCUGACUUCCUGACUUUACAGGAACAUUAUGGGUCCCUUAGUGGAUUAACAGUGAGCUGGAUUGGAGAUGGCAACAACGUCCUCCACUCUUUCAUGAUGACUGCAGCCAAACUGGGAGUUCAUCUUAAGAUUGCCACACCAAAGGGGUAUGAGCCAGAUAAGAGCAUUAUUCAAGAGGCACAGAGACUCUCCAGAGAGCAUGGGACCCAGCUUGUUCUUACCUCUGACCCAAUGGAGGCUGCCCAUGGCAGCAAUGUUUUGGUCACUGACACCUGGGUCAGCAUGGGACAAGAGGAGGAGAAGAAUAAGAAGCUCAAAGACUUUCAAGGCUAUCAGAUUACAAUGCAGACAGGAAGUGUGGCCAAACCAGACUGGACCUUCCUGCAUUGUCUCCCCCGUAAAAUGGAGGAGGUGGAUGACCAGGUAUUCUACUCCUCCCGCUCCCUCGUCUUCCCUGAGGCUGAGAAUAGGAAGUGGACAAUCAUGGGUCUGAUGGUUUCUCUUCUGACUGACUACACUACACAGAUCCCCAUGCCAAAGUUUUAACUUCAGGUCUUAAAGUGGCUUGUUACUCGUGUUGUCAUCGUGUAUGACAGUCAUACUGCAGGUGCCGCUGCAGUUGGGGCUGAUUUCUUGUUCACUGUCAGAUUACACCCAUUCAUUGCACCACGACAAAGACUAGAACGAUCACCCAAAAGUAGUAUGUUUACGUUGUUUAUUUCACUUGCUGAUUUAGAGCACAGAUAACACGGUUUGCCUUGUCUCGCUGUUCAAUAGGAGACUAGCGCCGUGCAAAGUUAUCUGUUUACAUGCUGCAUAUACUGUGAUUGAGGGCGAGGAUUAGGGGGGUGCACGAGGUUUACAGUGAGAAUGACGUGGUUAGAUGUGUGUUACUGAAAAAGAAAAUAUUACUUAUCCUUUUUUCAACUUGUUUAACAUGACUUCACAAAAUUCUCCAACAGCAACUCGUACAAGAAAUCAGCCAAAGCU